AUGGUUACUUCUCAAUGGCUAUGUGUCAUAAUAGCUAUUGCUAUGAUUAACAUUGCAGCUGGAAACUGUCCUGAUGAUAUGCCAUCACCAUCUCCUACCCUUAAUCCAUUUCCUUCUGCUGCCCCAUCUCCAACUCCACUGGUUGUACCUACUGAAUUCCUUUCCUCUCCAAACACAACAGUCAAUGCUCCACCAGUUUGUGUGAUGCCACCAGACUGCAGAGCAUGGCAAGAGUUAGGGAUCAAUCAGAGUGGAGUCUAUCCAGUAAAACCAAAUGGAGGAGAAGCUUUUCAAAGGAGACAAGAUGGAUCUGUUGCUUUCAAUAGGAACUGGGCUGACUAUGAGAAAGGUUUCGGUAACCUCACUGGGGAAUUCUGGCUAGGACUGAGCAAAAUACACCGCCUCACUCAAGGAGAGACAAAUACUUUACGAGUAGACAUUGGAGAUUUUGACGGUCGCAUAGGUUAUGCUAAGUACUCAAUGUUCAAUAUUGGAAACAUUACAAGUCAAUAUACAUUAUUUAUAGGAGGUUAUUCAGGGACUAUUGGGGAUGAUCUGGCUCCUUAUAAUGGUCACAGGUUUGCCACUUAUGACAACGAUUAUCGCAACUGCAUUGGUAAAUAUGAUAACAAUGGAUGGUGGUAUCAAGACAGUCAUUGCUUUUCAACAAUUCUCAAUGGUAACUAUGGUGAUAGUGUCUGGAGAGGAAUUUAUUGGCAUAGUUGGCAUGGUUAUAGGAACCUAAA